GUGCGCCUUUCUGAAUUACGUGCCGAGCGAUUAGAGAUCAUGGAGUUGGGAGCCCGCGUCCUUGUCGCCUUCCUCGCCUCCCAGAUUGUGUGCACUGCAGCUCAAGAGGAGGCAGAGGAGAUAGCAUGCUCACCUGGCUUUCAGGUGAAGAAGUACCAUGUGGAGUAUGACGGAGGCUUUCUGAAAGAUCAACCUCUCCUACAAGUGGUGUUCGACGACUGUGAGGGGAAUAAGGAUGUGGCGUUUGAAGUGUCCCACCCUGACUUCCUGAUAGAUGAGGACCUGAAUUUGGUCCCGAGACGAGAUAUACUUGACAGUGGGACCAUCAUAUUCAUUCACUGGCUUAGUGACGAUGCUGAUGAUACAGCACAGGUGGACAUAACUGGCGCGCCAACCCAAUCUACCCAUACACUCAGGGAGAUUCUGGGUGCCGGAAAGAUGACGCCAUACAGGUCGAAGAGAUCCCUGCUGGUGCCGCCCAUGUUUGUGCCUGAGAACCAGCGUGCACCAUUUCCCAGGUCCAUUGGAAAGUCACAUGUGAUCUCCCCUGAUAUGAAAGACGACCACAUUUUUCGGCUGACGGGAAAAGGGGCAGAUCAGGAUCCAAAAGGUGUGUUCAGCAUCAACAAACUGACAGGAGAGGUUGCAGUGAGCCGCGCCCUGGACCGAGAGAUCAUAGAUUUCUACCAUCUCCAAGUUUCGACCACAGACAUGACUGGCAGGCUCAUGGAGGGACCUGUGGAUCUGGAUGUGUUUGUAAUUGACCAGAAUGACAACAGACCCAUCUUCAGGGAGACUCGCUAUUCUGGAGAAGUUCUGGAGGGCUCCCCUACAGGCACUACGGUGAUGACAAUGACUGCUUUUGAUGCUGAUGAUCCCAACACAGACAAUGCCGUCCUGCGCUACAUAAUUGUGAGACAGUCUCCUGAGAAGCCCUCACCAAACAUGUUCUUUAUUGACCCAGAAAGAGGUGAAAUUGUCACAGUCAUCUCACCAUCCCUGCUCGACAGAGAGACGUUGCCCACCACACAGUACGAGCUGGAGAUUGUGGCUAAAGACAUGGCAGGAAGUGAGGUUGGAUUAACAGGAACUGCCACUGCUACCAUCACCAUCACAGACAGAAAUGAUCAUGCGCCUGAGUUCACUCACUCACUGUUCCAGGCCUCAGUGGAUGAAGGCUCUAAAGGCAUUGUGGUGAACCUGACAGUGGAUGAUCGAGAUGACCCAGCCACAGGAGCUUGGAGAGCCACCUACUCCAUCAUUAAUGGAGAUCCCAACCACAACUUUGCAAUUCACACCAACUUCGACAAUAACGAGGGCAUGCUGUCUGUGGUUAAGCCUCUAGACUAUGAAAGCAAUGUGUUUCACACUUUGCUGAUAAAGGUGGAGAAUGAAGACCCUCUGGUUCCUGAUGUCAUAUACGGCCCCAGCUCCACAGCCACUGUCUAUAUCACAGUUGAGGAUGUGAACGAGGGGCCAGUCUUUUUCCCUGAUCCGCUGGUGGUCAACAAGUGGGAGAAUAUUCCUAUCGGAAGCUUUGUGGCCAUGCUCAAUGCCACUGACCCAGACUACCCUCAGGUCCAGAGCAUAAGGUUUGCAGUGCUGAGAGACCCAGCAGGUUGGCUCAGCGUAAACCCGGUGAAAGGUACGGUAAACACCACAGGCACGCUGGACCGUGAGUCUCCCCAUGUCCACAACAACCGCUACAGCGCAGUCUUCAUGGCCACAGACAACGGUAACCCUCCUGCUACAGGCACAGGCACUCUGAUUAUCACUCUGGAGGACGAAAAUGAUAAUGCGCCCUACGUGGUACCCUCAGUAGUACGGGUGUGCGAAGAUGCCAAGGAGGUGAACGUGGCAACGAUAGGAGCACGCGACAAAGAUAUCCACCCCAACACAGACCCCUUCAAGAUAGAGCUUGGGAAACAUCUAGGUCUGGAAAAGACAUGGAGGAUGUCCAAGAUUAACAACACACAUUCACAGAUCAUGCUGCUUCACAGUCUGAAGCGAGCCAACUACAACCUGCCCCUGGUCCUGACUGACUCCGGCUUCCCACCACUAACAAACAACACAGAGCUCAAAGUGCAGGUGUGCACCUGUAAGAAGAACAGAAUGGACUGCAAUGGAGUCGGCUCUCUUCGAACAAAUCUGCUGCUGCUGCUCGAUCUGCUCCUGUUCUCCAUGCUCUGCUUGUAAAGCUCAAUCUGUCUGUUGCCAUUUUCCAACACUGACGAGCAUCUCCCAGUCCAUGCCCUCAUCAAACCAAGACUGAGGCAACUGACAAGGACCUUUCACCACAUUUCCGAAAACACCUUUAACUGUAGGCCUUCAGUUUAUUUUGUCCAGCACCAUAAUAAGUUAACCCCCUUCUCUCUCUCUCUCUCUCUCUCUCUCUCUUUCUUAUUCCUUUCCUC